UCUCUGGAAGUUGUCCCGGGUGUUCGCCGCUGGAGCUCAGGGUCGAGAGGACGGGGUCCCGCUGCCGGGAGAAGCCUCCACUGCCGCCGGCGCCCGGAGCCCAGCGCCUUCCUAUCCUAACCCAACCUUCUGCAGUCCCAGACGCCAGCGCCUGUCCCUGCCGCGGACUCCGGCGUUACCAUGAUUCCUGCCAUCUUCCUAUCCUUACCCGACCUCAGAUGCUCCCUGCUUCUCCUGGUAACUUGGGUUCUUACUCCUGUAACAGCUGAAAUAACAAGUCUUGAUACAGAGAAUAUAGAUGACAUUUUAAACAAUGCUGAUGUUGCUUUAGUAAACUUUUAUGCUGAUUGGUGUCGUUUCAGCCAGAUGUUGCACCCAAUUUUUGAGGAAGCUUCCAAUGUCAUUAAGGAAGAAUACCCAAGUGCAAAUCAAGUAGUCUUUGCCAGAGUUGACUGUGAUCAGCACUCUGAUAUAGCCCAGAGAUAUAGGAUAAGCAAAUACCCAACCCUCAAGUUGUUUCGUAACGGGAUGAUGAUGAAGAGAGAAUAUAGGGGUCAGCGAUCAGUGAAAGCACUUGCAGAUUACAUCAGGCAACAAAAAAGUGACCCCAUUCAGGAGCUUCAUAUCUUGGCAGAAGCCAACACUCUUGACCGCAGCAAAAGAAAUAUCAUUGGAUAUUUUGAGCAGAAGGAUUCAGAAAACUAUAGAGUUUUUGAAAGAGUAGCAAAUAUUUUGCAUGAUGAUUGUGCCUUCCUAGCUGCAUUUGGAGCUGUCUCAAAACCGGAAAGAUACAGUGGAGACAACAUCAUCUAUAAGCCACCAGGGCAUUCUGCUCCAGAUAUGGUGUACUUGGGAUCUAUGACAAAUUUUGAUGGGACUUACAACUGGAUUCAAGAUAAAUGCGUUCCUCUUGUCAGAGAAAUAACAUUUGAAAAUGGAGAGGAACUGACAGAAGAAGGACUGCCUUUUCUCAUACUGUUCCACAUGAAAGAAGAUACAGAAAGUUUAGAAAUAUUCCAGAAUGAAGUAGCCCGACAAUUAAUAAGUGAAAAAGGUACAAUAAACUUUUUACAUGCUGACUGUGACAAAUUCAGACAUCCUCUUCUGCACAUACAGAAAACUCCAGCAGAUUGCCCGGUAAUAGCUAUCGACAGCUUUAGGCAUAUGUAUGUGUUUGGAGACUUCAGGGAUGUAUUAAUUCCUGGAAAACUCAAGCAGUUUGUAUUUGACUUACAUUCUGGAAAACUACACAGAGAAUUCCAUCAUGGUCCUGACCCAACUGAUACAGCCCCAGGAGAGGAAGUCCAGGAUGUAGCAAGCAGCCCGCCUGAGAGCUCCUUCCAGAAACUGGCGCCCAGUGAAUAUAGGUACACUCUGUUGCGGGAUCGAGACGAGCUUUAAAACUGGGAAAAACAAUUUGCAAGCCUUUCAAACAGCAGCAUCAACUUACAUGGUGGAAAUAGUAAACCUAUAUUUUCAUAAUUCUAUGUGUAUUUUUAUUUUGAAUAAACGGAAAGAAGUUUUGGGUUUUUUAAUUUUUUUUCUCCCCGACUCAAAAUGUAUUGUCAUUUAAAAUAGCCUCUUUUAAAAAAAUCUGCUAGGGUUAAAAAAACAAAUAAAAAUCAGAGGCCUAUCAGAGGCCUAUCUUUACUUUAAAUCUGUCCUGUAAAAUUUUUAUAAAUCAAGUGAAAGGUGAGACCGCCAGCUGUACACCAUUGACUUGCACUCUAGGCUAGGGGGGACUUAGGGGUGUUUCCUGUGUAGUAUGUGUUUUUCAUUCUUUUCUCUAUAUAUGAUCAACUCUGUUGGUAUUUUUAGUUCUCACAUUUCUCAAAGCUAAAGGAGUAUAUAUUCUGGAUGGCUGGGGGGAGGGGGAAUAAAUUAAAAUUUUCACACUGUGUACUGUGUUUUACUGAUUAGUUGGAUAUUGCUUAUGAAAAUUCCAUAGUGGUAUUUUUUGGAUUCUUAAUGUGCAACUUAAACAUACUAUGAAGAGGAGGAGAGCCAUAAGCCAGAACAUUUGGCAGGAAUUGUCCUUAUAAAUUAAGAAAAAAAAUGAAAAGUGUUAUUAAAUUUCUAUGUGUUUGUCUAACAAAGUGGCAUAUGGAUGGCAUUUAAAACUUUGAAUUAUACCUAAAUCUGAGGAAAAGGAGAUACUAGUGGAACAGAUUACCAGUACUGAACUAGAUGACUUUUAAGGCUCCUCCUAUCAUGACACUUAAAUUUCCAAAGAGGAAAACCAGCAGAGGAAAUGUAUUUCAGUAAUUCCAACCUUCUUCCAUCAUGUAGUCUUGUUCUAGUUGUAUAGAUCAAAAGCAAAGACAAUAAGGCACACUUUUUCAUUGUAAAAUUGUUGAGGAGGACCCUGUGUCCUCUAGAUUCCUGGAUUUCCUAGGCCUGCAGCGUUCAGUCAAAUGGGUCCCUGUGCCAGGCCUCAGUACUGCCAGGGAGCAGAACCAGAGGGAGAAGACCCUCGGUAUCAUAUCAGGAAGCCCAAUGCCAGAGGACAGGUUCAAAACUGGCUUUCCCCUGGGCCUGGGUUGGUGCUAUAGGCCAAGAGUCAUUUUAUACUUGGAGUCUAAGUCAAUCCCAGUUUGGGGAAAGAUUAUUUUUAAGCUUAAAAGGCUGACAUGUGCCAUUAUAUGUAGUAUGUAAUAUAUGUAACAUCUUUCAAUUCUUUUAAAAUAAAUAUUUAUAAUAGAUAUUUAAUGAUUGUUAUUUUUAAAAAUCAGCCUAAAAUUCUUUGUUAUGCAUGACUUACCCAUCAUUUCAUUUAGACUAAUAAAUGUUAAUAAGGUAGUAUGGGGCAUGUUUAAUAGAAAAUGCUAGAAAAGCAGGACAGAGCUUCCUAAAGUUUGGGCCUUAGUUCUGUUCUCUCCAUUGCUUUUAAUCAGUAACUUUGAAAUCAGAGCUACAGUCUUCAGGUCAGAAGAUGAACCAAAUGUGAGGCGGUCAGAAUGAAAACUUAAAAACAUUAAACAAGCAAGCAUACAAAACCAAAAGCAGCAUCUGCAAUUGACUGGAAUAAAUUUGUAAUCCUGUAAUUGGCUUUUAAAAAAUAGUAAACAGAAGAUAACACUUAAGAAUUGGGUUGCACAGAACUGGUUUGAGAGUAGUCAUGAUAAAGGCCCUGAAGAACACAUACUCGGUGUGAUCUAAGGUAACACAAUAUGAUCUAAGCGGCUUGUUAAAGUAAGUGGAUUUGAGGCUUUAUUUAUAUGGGGGCUUGUCAGACUGCAGCCCUGCCGCGGUCACUGUCUUCUCCAGAGUGUGAAGCCACUGCAGCAUGCAGGGAUACUAAAUUUUAUGCCUGUAAUCGGGACAGCAACCAUCAAUAAAUGUUUAUUGAAUGAAUGAGAUAUGCAGUGACGUUGGGUAAUUUUUACACCUGAAAUGCUCAGCGCUCAUCAGGAUGUGGUGCCCAGUUUUGUAAAGUCACUAACAAGCUCAAGUGCAAAAUAGCCGAAAUGCAUUAGAGAAAGUAAGUUCUUGCUACAGGGCUAGUGCAGGGUUGGGGUGCGGAGGAGGCCUGUGGCUAGGACAGUGGGAAAGUAAGUUGGAGCCGAUUGUGUAGUGCCUUGUAUGCCAAGCUAAGGAAGAGGUUUUUACUGUAUCUUAUACCCAGUAGAGAUCCAUCAACAAAUUUAAGCAAGUCAGUAUGUUCAUAACACUGUAGCAGCGGUCUCAAGAUAAUUAAAUGAGUUCAGUGGAGGAGAAAGAAAGGCAGAGCUAAGACAGAGACACCAGAGAUGGAGAGGAAAAAUACAAGAGGUCCCAUAGGGAUCUGUCACCAGCUGGAUGUAGAGAGAGAACUUUAGGAAUCUAGAACUUAAAAUUUAGACUUCUUCCCCUUAACCUCAGUGAAUCAGAGGAUAUCCAAUCUACUCCAGGCCUCAGGCUCCUCAGCUGUGAAAGAAAGGAUGCUAGACUAGACUGAAGAACACAGUCAAGUUGCAAAACCAAAAUUAAAAGCAGGCCCUACUGCUUGUCAGCCCACUACCUUUUCCAGUUGCUUUUUUAAAAAUAGUUACAGUAGUGAGGGGGACCAUAAAAGGGUGAACUUACUUUAGAUGAAAUUCUGAACAUUUUUUAAAAGUUAAAUGAACCUAGAGAAGAAGGCAGAGAAUGGGCAACUAAAGCAUCUCAUGGACAGCUCUCUGAUGAAGUCAACUUGUCAAAGAUUACAUAUAAAAGAAGGAAAAACUGGCAUGAUAAGGCCCAAAAAGAGCAAAGUGAAAUAUAAAAAACAGUGUUAGAUAUGUUAAAGCUCAGAAUGAGCUUAAAUUUGCAGAAAAUGCUAACACUGCCAAAAAAGAUUUUAAAACCUGAAUCACGGCAAAAAGAAAAAUAGAUAAAGGAGUAUACUGGAUCAACAAUCAGGAAAAACAGAGUAACUCACUUUUUAUUUUUUUCUCUGACAAAGAGACCUAGUGUGCUUGGACAAAAAAUAAAUGACAUGAGCAAAAUCGCAAAAAUAGGAAGUAAAAAUUUUGCCACCUUGAAUAGUUAGGGCUCUUAGGCCCAAACUCCAGCAUCACAGAGAGCUGCUGGAUGUUGCAAACGUUUUCUGUCAGCAACUGCUGCGAAUUUUUGAGACACCAUGGAGAUCAUAAGGUAACAGAAGAACUAGAAAUGGACAAACAUUAUUCCAGUUUUCAAAACCAUUACAGUUAGUAGUUUAUAGUUGGGGGAAUGAUUAAAUGGCUGUAAAUAAUAAUCAGUUUUAAGCCCAAUAUUUAAAGACCCUGAAGACAGUAAGUUGUUUUAGAACUUAAAUUGUCUUAUGCUGAUUAUAACUGUUUUAUGUGUUCAUUAAAACAGGUUGGAUAGGACUGCUGCUUGGCAACUGUUUUUUAGCUGUGUUUGAAUUUUUGUAUGUAUUUCCAAGUAAUAAAACUAUAUUUGUAAAAUA